GGUACCUGGCGCGAGUUGCGAGCGACAUCUGCUGUGAUUCCGCCGGCGAUGUUUGGCCUCGCGCUUGCAUGGCACGUCGUCGCCGUCGCGCUCGACGUCUACGACCGCGUGGGCAUCCCAUCGCCGGCGCCUUCACCCGCGACAACACCCGUCCCGAGCACGAUACCGCCACCGACGACGGUGCCACCACCGACGACACCACCGCCGACAACGUUGCCACCACGGGUCCCUGGCAACAUCAAGCUGCCGCCGUACACGCCUCUGUCGCCGGUGCCGACGGCCAUCUCGUGUCCGCGAGGGCGUCAAGUCAAGGCCGGCGAGACCGUGUACAUGACCAUGGAUGACGGGCCAUCGGUGGUCGGUCGGCAAAACCUCCUCGAGGCGCUCGACCAAACGCCGUUCAAGGUCACGUUCUUCGAGUCGGGCUACAACUUUUGCGGGCCCGAGACCAAAUAUGAGCUCACGCUGCAGUGCAAGCCCGAGGCCAAGCCCAAGAUCACCGAGCUCUCCGUCUGGACGAUCAAGAAAGGGCACGUGCUCGCGUCGCACUCGGACACGCACUUUUACGACGAGGCGUCGACGAAAUGCGAGUACGCCAAGAUGGCAGCGCUCACCAAGAUCGCUGACAAGUACGCGUCGUGUGGCAGCGACGCGACCUCGGACUUUGUACGUGGCGCGCUGCACUUUCAAGAGGCGUGGGCCAACGACACACUGUGGGACACGAAGGAAGAGCUGGCGCAGUAUGCGCGCCAACUCUCGAAUAUCUGGAGCCUCGCACGGCUGCCGUGCACGAACGUGUGGCGUGUGCCAGGUAAAAACUACAAGUGGUCGCUCUACGGCGCCGAGUCGGGCGCCGAGCAGACGCUGCGCACCGGUAUUGCCGACCAACUCGUGGGCGGCAGCCAUCUUGCGUGCAAGAACGAGACGUUCCAGGGCAAACCGUGGGCCGUCUUUGGCUGGGACAUCGAUUGGCGCUGGGACAAGGACCACAUGCGCGACCUCGACGCUGAAAAGUGCCGCAUUGUCCAAGCGGUCGAACACAAUUUUGAUGGACCCAACAAGGAUGGCGCGCGCCGGCUCGGCGUCGUCGUGCUCGCCCACGACUACCACUAUAGCACCAAGGCACUCGCAACUAUGUUUCGCGAUACGAUUGUCGAGCUCAAGCUCCGCGGGUACAAUAUCGACACGAUGGACAACUAUAAAUUUGCGGGGUAAUCAUGACGUCCCACAUUUUGAACGGAA